AUGUCGCUGUGGCGUCCGACCGCGGCCUCUGCAGCAUCGGGAAGCUUCCUUGGCGUCGCGCCGACUGCAGAGGGUCGCCGGUCUGCCCCACCUCCAUCGGGGCUGGAUGCUGUCCCAGGAGAGGGCCGGCAAGGCGGUCUAGAUGCCCCUGUCUCGCCGAUGUCGCCCACGGCGAUUUCGCCUCGGCAUCCGUUCAUCAUGCCCAACAUGGACCCCUUGGUUAGGCAACAAGGUCUUGCUUUCCAGCAGUCAGAGCUUCUUCGGGAACAGUUCAUGAAGUUCGCAGAGGCUUUGCAGAAGCUUCACGCGGGUCUGGAGGAGAUGCGCGAGGACGUCCAAGCAGACCGGCAGCAGCGGCUCCACGAAAAGGAUUCCGUUGCAGCUGCUCUUGCAUCUAUUCGCAACGAGGUCCACGAGCACACGGAAGAAAGGCUGUCGCUUCUUCACGAAGAGGUGACGAUGCGCAGUCGCAGCACAGAUGGGGAGCUCCAGCGGCUGAGCAGCUGCCUAGUGCAGAUCGGGGCGCAGCUCAUGGCUGUGACGGAGGAUCAGCGAGUGCUGUCUGAAAAUGUCCAUGCGAGAAUGACCGAGUUUCAGAACUCCUUCAGUGACAGCACGGCGAGCCGGGCGAUGCUCGAAGAUCUGGGGGCCCAGGUGGAGGCGAAAAUCCAGGGUGCUCUGCAGACCGGCGCCGCGGCACUGCACGAGCGAGAGGAGGUUCUCGUUGAGAAGAUUGCCAACGUGCAGACCGAGGCUGCCUGCGAAGCGGAGCAGUGGAAGCAGCGAUUCCACACCGUGGAGACUGCUUCGCAGCAGCUUUGCACGGAGAUGGCAGCCGAGCACCAGCAAACUCGCAUCUCUGCCAUCGGCCUCGCCACGGAGCUGUCGGAGCUCCGGGAUGCCCUCGCGAAGGAGUCGCAGUCCUACCAGGAGUCGACCACUUCGGUGCAGCGCUGGGUCACCGAGACCAUGGCUCUACGCCAGUCCUUGCAGGAGGAGGAAUUGGCUCAUGCUGCUUUGAAUGGCAAAGUGGCCGAGCAUGCCGUGGAGUUGCAGCGGCAGGUGGUGAUGUCAAAGGGCCUGGCGAAUGCAGCCGCCGAGUUCAAAACCGGCAAAGAGGAGCUUUGGCAAGUCGUCACAUCCGCGCAAGAGAACAACGAGCAGACAAUGAAGGACAUCCAGGAGCUGCGGCUUCGCACUCAGCACAUGGAGGUGCAGAGGUUUGGGCAGGUGUCGAGGCAGAUAGAGGAGUUGACUGUGCAGCAUUCGGCUGCCUCCUCGAAGAUCGAGGAGAUCGAACAGUCCAACAACCACGGCCAGAAAGCAUUUGCCUCCAAGCUUGACAGCCAUGCCCAAAGCCUGCUGCAGGCACAGCAGGAGAUCAAGCACCUGGCGGAGCAAAGUUCCCAACACGACUUCAUCGAGAGCCGCGACCAGCAGUAUCGGCUUUACGUAACGAUGGAUGGGGACAUUGGCAUUUUCCGGCGAAGUGGCUGGGGCAAGCACGGAGGAGGCGACUUUGCCGCGGUGCCCAGGUGGCAUGCCGGAGCCACUGGGGACAAGGCACUCUGCUCCGUCAACAGAGAAACGCAGGCUUACGAGAAGGACCGCUUUCUCGCCAUGGCGAAUCGCUUUGACAGACGGGUGGAUGUCGAGAGUGGGACCGGCCAAAACGGCUGCACCUGGUGCCCUGCUUUGUCCAACUUGAUGCCGGAUGUUGGCUGGGUGGGCUCUCAGUACCUCAUGGCUUUGCUCCUGGCGCCUCACUCCGUGGUACACGAUGCAGGGCCCACGGAUUUUAUCGUGGCCGAAAACGAGGAGGUGUACUUGGAUGAGGCUCCCAUUCCGAAUUUGCAAUCCUUGGAGCUGAUCUCGGAGAAGGAGCCGGUUCCCGAGUCCAAGGACGUCGUACUGGACGAGGCACCAGUGCCCGUCGGAGCACACGUUCGGCUGUGGCGACAUCUGAAGCACUCAUGGAACCUCUUGCAGACGCAUGUGGGCUUGAUUUCCCGAAAGAGCGUGCCGGAUCCUGCCAUUUUGAUUGUGGGCCUCCUGACUACGAUCAUCGCGCUGACGUUGGCGAUGGCGUUUUGCAGCGCCGCGCCGGUCCCACGUCCAAAGGUGGAGGAAACCAAGCGACCAGUGACGCGCUGUCCCGCGCCGACAGCUGAACAGCUGACCUCGGCGGGGCGCCGGGCAGCGCCGGCUCGCGCAGGACCUGACCCAGGUGUCCGAAUCGAAGGGCCGUAUCCGCCUCCUGGCACUGCACAGCCAUACAGUUCUGUGUCAGUACGCGCAGCCUCGGCCACAUCCUUGCCACCGCCGAAACGGCCAAGCCACGUCGGAGGUGAGGCUGGAGCUAUGUUUAGCUGGUCUCCGCGAUCCUCAGACGAGGAGGACACUCUGUGUCCAUGCCUUGUCGUCCCGGACGGGAUGGAAUUCGUCUUUGCAGUGCGAGAGGUACUUAAUGACGAAAGGCAGGAGCUUUCCUUCAGCGUGGUGGAUUUGGAGGGAUCUCCGCUCAGCCACAUCAUCGUGAACGAGUCCGGCUCCGGGCCGCAGUGCGGCAUUUUUCUCCAGAUGUUGGACAGGGAGCCUUUGGCUUCGGUUCGCACGGACAUGCUCUUCGACAGGGCUGGUCGCCUUCCUGAAAUCUUGCUGCCUUCUGGAGAGGUGUUUUGUGCCAUGGAACGGGAUGGAAGCCGAGAGUAUGUGCUGCGUGAUCAGCGCAAGCAGCGGCUCCUCCGUCUCCAAGGCAACUUCCGGGAUAAAGCCGUCAAGGUGAUCAAUGCGUCUGGGCAGCUCGUGGCUCUCAGCGAGCGUUGUGUCAUUGCCUUCGAUGGCGGCUCUCACUACCAGGAGCUGGUUGGAAUUCAAGCGGGCCUGGCUGCCUUGCCGGCAUCAUGCAAAGAAGAAGGUACUUUCAACGAGCUGGAGCAGCCACUUCAGCUGGAACAGAAGAGUGUCGCCAGAAUCGUAAACAAGACCGAAGCCAGAAAGAAGAAGGAAGGACAGAUGGGGCAAACAACGCGUGCCCAAGCCCAGAGCUCUCGCAAGGCGAGGAGGGCAGCCUCGCAGGCUCGGCUUCCCGUGAAGGAGCAGCCGAUGCCAGCGAAAAGCAGCAGCACCCCUGUGCUUCCCAAACUGAAGCUGGACUCAGAAAGUUUGGAAAAGGAGGCAGGAAAGCGAAUAUUGGAAGAGGAGGCUGCGCAGCCUCCAACGCCUCCAGAAAAUACAAAGCCUGAAGAUUCCGCAGGCCUUGGCAACACAGAUCUGCCUGCAGCAGAUGCAGACAUUGCAGUUUCCGGCUCAGGGCUGGAGACCAAAGCUGCAUCAGAGGAUCAUGAGGCCGAGGCUGAGGUCCUCGAGCAGCCGCAGACGGACAGCAUACUCGUCGCACCCUGGAAGCGUGGCCUGUCCAAGAAGGGAACCAAAAGCUUCAAGAGAAUGGAUAGCCACUUGAUCUUUGAACCGCGGGACACCGAACAGGAAGCUGCGCCGCAAGAAGCUGACGCACAAGGAGAUGACUUGCCAGCGCCGGAGCAAAGCGAGGGCCUGGAGGCAUCUCCACUCUCGCCCGACGCUGAUGCAGGUGCCAAAUCGUCGAGACGCAGCUCAGGGUCGCAGUCCAGCGAGCUGGACGACUUUGGCAGCGGCACGCACUCCAUGAACAAAGGAUGGUCAAAGGCAAAGCAGGCCGCACGCCUCGCCGCCACCCUUCGGCCGGAGAACAUGCUGGAUACAGUUCAGCAGUGGCGAAAAUGGUGUCGAAAGACAGACCAAGUCUUCGAUGCUGCACCGCAAACUUCCUCUUGGAGGGGAGCUGAAGCAACGGCGAGAUCAAUCAGGGACCUGGACGAGGAGCUAAGUGUAGACAAGGAUCGACUGCGCCUGAUGAUACAACAGGGCGUUCACAGGUCCAAGAACGGCUUGAAGCUCACGGUCAGGCACGUCCAACCUGAUAUCGACAGAGAAACUCUCUGGAGAAACCGGAGGGAAACCUUGGAAAGAGUGGACACGCAUGGCAAACGCAUUCAGCAGGCACUUCAGGAUUCCUUGCGGGCACGCAAAGAUCUUCGAACUUGCGUUCAACUGCUCAAGGAAACGAUGACAGAAAAGCCCGACACUGACAAGAAGAAGCCGCGUGUGGCAUCCAAGGAGCGCAAAUGUUCAUGGUCUUCCGGCCGCCUCGAUACCAUCAAGAAGAAGCUGGAAGAGUAUAUCCGCACUGGCUCUCUCAGCGACUACGAGGAGGACCGAGAUGAGGCUACCAAGAAUCGCAAGUCGCUCAUCACAUGA